UCGCUGAGCCCGCGGCGGAAGCAGGGUCCCCACCCCCUCCCACCCCCCCGCCCUCCGCCCUGCGGCCAUGGUUGCCCAGCGCGAGCGCGCAGUUGCCUGGGCGACAGUGAGGGGCUGGCUGGGAGAGGCCAUGCAUCAGGUGACGGUGACGGUGCCGGAGCUUUAUUCCCGGAGGAAGCGGACAGAGGGGCAGGGGGCUUCCUCGCCGGAGCAAUUGGGAUUACGAUUAGGGAUGUGGUACUGGAAAGAUGAAACCAGAACUCUUGAAUUCAGAAGUUUUACACCUGCAGUAGAACUCAAGGAAAAAGGAAAGAAAGGCAAAGCAAUACACUUUGUUGAAAUUGAUGGUCCGGCUUCAGACAGGUUGACGGAUAAAAAGCUUGCUUCAAGAGACGAUAAGUCACUUAAAGCCUUAGAGAAGCGAGGUCAGCAGGGCAACGUGACGCUCCAUGAUGCUAAAUUUGUUGCUUUGUUUUUACUACAAGAUAAUGAGAUGCAGCGGAUCUGUUCCUUUACAACAUUUAUGAGGAAUAAGAAUCUGGACAAUUUCCUCAUGGCAUUAUUGUACUAUUUAUCUCAUUACUUGGAAAAAAUAGCCCUGGAAAAGAAACCCAAAAGCUGCAUGGUGGGCCUUGUAGAGAAGAAGGAGAUGGAAUUGGUUAUAAGGAAGUUAGAAGCAGCGCAGAAUUACCUGGCACAGAAGUACUGCGUCCUUGUCCUGGGCUUGGCAAUGCCUGAUAAGCAUCACAUGUGCUGCGGGAAGGAGAAAAUAUCAGAUACACAGAAAGACUGGAAAUUCUUUGAGUCCUUUUACACUUUCUGUACAUAUGUAGCUUGGAUUGUGUUCCGACGUCAACACUUCACAGAGAUUGAGGAAGAAAUAGGAAGGCUCUUUCGUACCAAUAUGUUCAACAUUCCUCGGAGGAAGCGUGAGGAGGAAGAAUCAGGAGGGGAAAAGAAAUGCAUGACUUUUGUACAAUUCAGGAGAAUGAUGGCGAAACGCCCAGCAAUUAAAAAAGCCAUUAACAUGCGCUCUCCAGUCAUGUCUACUCUGCUGCCAUCUCUCAGAGAAAAAGCUCAGAAUAUCUUUGAGAAAAAGUAUCAUCAAGGAGUCGUCAAACUCCCGGCCCUGAUGCAAGAGCACAUGGAAAGUCUGGACUCUGUGCUCAUGCCAAACUGCCUGCUCCAGGGAUCUAGAGCAUCUGAAACAUCACUAUUGCAGGAUUCAGCCUGCCCAACCCUAUCAUCCUAUUUUGGAGUUCGUUUAUGGCAUUCUGAUCGCCCAGCUGAUUUUUAUGCAAAGUUGCCUGGGGAGUGUGACACCCUCUUCCCCGAUCCUUUCCCUUUGCCACAAGCUCCGACUAAAGCAUGCCUGAGACUGUCAACUGAACAAAAUGUGCCCUCGAGAAAAAGAACACACUAGAAAAAUGCAGUACUUCCAUCACGUGCAGAAAACUGGAAUCCGCUUCAGACCGUGCCCGCGGAGGCGGUCAGGCCUCACGCGGAUCCGGCUGAUAGCACACUUCCUGCUUCAGGGACUGUGUUCUUUUGUGUGGCUUCGCUGAGCCCACCGCCUGGAUAAAUCUGCUGCUUUCUACCCAGACACUGUUGCUUCACUUGGAAAUAAUUAUCUCCUUCUCCACAUGCACCCUGUUCCCUUCACCCACAUCCCUUAUCAUGCCAUGAUAAUCACACACUGAAGCAGAUGUAAAAGGCACAAAUGGAGCAUUUGCUUGAGGACUCGAGAGCCUUGUGUCAUUGCACACAAAGAAGAAAGUGAGGAGGAGCCCUAUCUGCCAUCGCAGGACUCACAUUGAACAUGUACCCAUUAAAGAACAAUUGAGUGGA